UCCAGCAAGGAAACAUGGAAACAGCUGCUGGAUAAUACAGUGAUGAGGGCCUGGGAGAGAGAGAGCACUAAGGACCAAUGAAUCCUGACUGUGGAGUACCAAAUGCAUGGGGAAAUUUCUGCAAAGACCACCCCAACAGGACAAAGUGUACUGAGAAGGAAAAUGAGCAACCAAACUUCAGUGACUGAGUUUCUUCUCUUGGGAUUCUCUGGUGUUCGGGAGCUGCAGCUGUUACACUUUGUGAUGUUUCUAGUUCUUUAUCUGGCAGCCCUGAUGGGGAAUAUUCUCAUCAUCACAGUCGUAGCCCUUGCCCAUCAUCUUCAUACCCCCAUGUACUUUUUCCUCCUCAACUUAUCCUUCAUAGACCUUUGCUACAUCUCUGUCCCCAUUCCUAAAUCCAUGGUCAAUUCACUAACCAACUCCAGGUCAAUUUCAUACUCUGGGUGCCUCACACAAGUCUUUCUCUUUCCAUUGUUCGCUGUAGCUGAGCUCACCUUCCUCACUGUCAUGGCAUACGAUCGAUAUGUCGCCAUCUGCCAACCUCUUCAUUAUGAGACUGUAAUGAACAGAAAAGCUUGUGUCCGAAUGGCAGCCAGUGCAUGGAUCAGUAGUAUUCUCAACUCUGCACUACACACUGGGACCACAUUUACAUUAAACUUCUGUGGAGGGAACGUGGUGGAUCAGUUCUUCUGUGAAAUCCCCCAGCUACUCAAGCUCACCUGCUCUGAGACAUAUCGCAGAGAAUCUGGGGCAAUUGUCUUUAGUGCUUGUUUAUCUUUAAGCUGCUUUGUUUUUAUAAUUGUUUCAUAUGUUCAGAUCUUCACCACGGUGCUGAGAAUCCCCUCUGAGCAGGGCCGGCAUAAAGCCUUCUCCACCUGCCUUCCUCACCUCUUUGUGGUUUCCUUGUUCCUCUGGACUCUUACUGUUGCUUACCUGAAGCCCACCUCCAGCUCAACAACGGGCCGGGAUCUCAUGGUGGCUGUUCUCUAUUCUGUGGUGCCUCCAAUGAUGAAUCCCAUCAUCUACAGCAUGAGGAACAAGGAGAUCCAAGCUGCCCUGAGGAGACUGAUAGGACGGAGAUUAUUCACCAUGAAUAUAAAGUCCAUAGUUCUGCCUUGACUGUAAUAUUAUUCUGUUGAGGGCCCAUCAAGGACACUUAGCUCUCACAAUGGAGUAUAGAAGAAACUCAUCCAACCAGUAAGCCUUCCUGAGGACACCUCAGCAAGAAUAUGGGCAAUGGAUGCACCUGUGAGUCAUCAAAGCAUGUAAGGACAUGUGAUAUGCUCAUGUGACCCUGGACUCCAUCUUGAAACAGUAACUCUCUACAAACAGAGGUUGUGAACUUUCAUUGAGAUAGUAAGAUUUCUUGUGCAUGACAGAGGAUAUAAAAGACCCCUGAGCCAUCUCCAUUUUGUCUUCAUUUUCUGCUUCAUUUCUAUGGACUGGAUUUUUACCAAGCAAGCUUGGAACAAGAACUGAUGACCCCCUAAUGUGUUUGGGUGAUUCCAGAGAGACAUUUGCAAGCUAAUAAUUUGUUUAAUCACUGCU